ACCCCUUUUUUUAAAAUAAAAAAAAUUGGUCCAAACCCCUUGUCUUUAUAUUCCACAUGUCUCACUUCCUCCCACCCUCUAAGCCUCUCUCUCCUCUACUUAUAAUCCCUCUCAAAUUCUCACUAUCUUCUUAUGCUUAGUAAUUUCUUAUCACAAUCACAGUGCUUGUAGAAAUGGCAACAAUUGCAGCAAUUACAAACAUUUCUGCUGCUGCUGAAGACAGAGUACUGGAUCAAGAUUCAGUCUCUGAGCAACUAGAGGAAGAAGAAGAAGAAGACAAUGUGUCACUAAGUGAUCUUCCAGUGAAUUGGAAGAAACAAGAUCAAACCCAAUAUCCAAACACUAAAUCUGAGCCUACCCAUGCCAACAUUGAAGCCCAAGAUGAAGAAUUUGAUUUUGGUUAUUCAAUGCGCGGCACCUCUUUUUGGGCUGACACCAAAAUGUGUGCUGCCGAUGAGGUGUUCUUCCAAGGCCAAAUUCUCCCUCUCCGCCUCUCAGUCAGCUCCGACGCCGGAUUUGCCGGCUUAACCAGACGGUCUCCGGCGAGCAGCGUCGGGUUCAGAAGUAAUAGCUGCAGAAGCAGAAUCAGUCCCAAUUCAUCAUUUAGCAGCAACAGCAGCUCCACCACCACCACCACCACUACCACAACAGCAACAAGAGGCAUUGCUUCAAGCUCAAAGCGGAGAAGCCCAAGAAGACCCAGAAACCAAUUCUACACAGAGCCCAGUCCAAAACCCCAAAUCAAAAUUCCAAAUCCAAGACUGGAAAAAGCUGGCAGCCGACGCCAUAAUUCUUCAAUGUGGGAUUUUUUCAGGCUGGGUUUGGUCCGUACGCCUGACAUUGAAUUGCAGGACAUUAACAAGGCACUUCGAAGUAAUAGCAGCGCCAAUAAAAGUUCCGUCAGUCGAAAUAGCAGCGUUAGCAGCACCCACAGCACUAAUUUCAUCGCAAAUUACAACAACGCCACGAGCGCCGGCGGUGUUUUGAAGUCGGAGGACACGAAACAGAGCAAACAGAGCAAGCAGAGAAAACAGAGGUUUUUUGAUAGCAUUCAUGGCUGCAAGUGCUCGUUCGAAACUGUGGCGUCUGAUAACCUGAUCGUCAAGAGCAAAUCAUCAAGCAGUGGGAGAAGCAGCUCGAGUCACAUCAAUGAAAGCAGAACAGAAACAGAAUACUCGGCUGCGCAUGCCAUGCUGAAAGAAAAAGUAGAGGUGGAGUUGAAGAUGAUGAAGAAUAAUAAGCAGAAGCAGAAGCAAAAGCAAAAGCAAAAGCAGGCCAUGUCGCAUCACAGAACGUAUGAAUGGCUAAAGCAGCUGUCGCAUGCAAAUUCUCCUCCUCCUCCUCCUCUUCCUGUGCAUGUUUAAAGUUGAUGGACCAUGGUGGGGAUUUAGAUUGUAGAAAAAGCUUUCUUCUCAUCAAGAAAGCUAUAUUGAUUUCCCAUGUAACGCUUGUAGCUUUUCUGAUGAGAACUUUGACUUCGGUAGAACAAUCAUAGGCUCUCUCGCAUGCCUGCAAAUUUGCUUUAUUUCACUAUCAUUUUGUCUUAGCCUUUUUUUGGGUUUGCUUUAAUUUGAAAUAAUAUUACAUUAGCAUGCAAUGCAAGUUUGUAGUUUGGCCAUGGAUGG